UGGAAGGGUCUAAUCAACAUUAAAAAGAGUAGAACGGUCAAAGAAAACCACGUGUUACCCUUCUACUGGGUCAGUUAUGUCACAGCAAAAAGUCAAAGAAAAUGUAAACAAUCUGAAACGAUCAAGCGACUUAUUCGAGCAUGCGCUAGAGCUCUUUCUUUCUCGCCCUGGAAACCGUGGAGACAUCCGCUUCAUAUUUCCGUGCAAAGAAUAUCCAUUCGUACAUUCUCCCUUUUCCACUCUAGAAACAGAAAGAGAAGAGAAAAACAAUAGAAGCAAGCAAUGUUUGCUAUCUUGAAGCUUCUGUUGUUAUCGAUAUCGUCGCAAUUAAAUGCUGAUCAAGGUUUCGAUGUCCGUCGCCACCUCUGCACUGUAACGAGGUACGAUGUAGCGAAGGAUAUCGCUAACACUUCAGCUGUAGCUGCCAAUAACAUUCCUAAUGGAUGCACUCCUAUCCACGUAAACCUUGUGGCAAGACAUGGAACUCGUUCUCCUAACAAAAAACGGAUGAGAGAGUUAGACGAGUUGGCUUCUCACUUGGGGGAACUUAUAAGAGAAGCUGAAGAACAAAAUUUGUCUUUGGAGAAAGUUCCGUCAUGGUUGCGGGGAUGGAAAUCUCCUUGGAGAGAGAAAUUAAAAGGUGGAGAAUUGAUCAAGAAAGGAGAAGAAGAAUUGUACAAUCUUGGAAUCAGGAUUAGAGAGAGAUUUUCAGAAUUAUUUGAUGAGGAAUACCACCCAGAUGUUUAUCCUAUAAAGGCUACACAGGUUCCUCGCGCAUCAGCUAGUGCUGUGGCAUUUGGCAUGGGGCUUUUAAGUGAGAAGGGAGGUCUAGGACCUGCACAACAUCGAGCUUUUGCUGUUACAAGUGAAAUCCCUGCGAGUGACAUUAUACUGAGGUUUCAUGAUUGUUGUGGAAACUAUAAGGAUUUUAAGAAGAGGCAGGAGCCUGCUGUUGAUAAGCUAAAGGAACCUGUACUAGAUGAAAUCACGUCUGCAUUAGUGAGCCGCUACGGGCUCAAAUUCACUAGACAGGAUACUGCUACGUUGUGGUCUCUGUGUAAACAGGAAGCAUCUGUCCUGGAUAUAACUGAUCAAGCUUGUGGUCUUUUCAGCCCUUCCGAGGUUGCUUUGCUGGAGUGGGCAGAUGAUCUGGAGAUGUUUAUAUUGAAGGGUUAUGGUAAUUCAAUAAAUUAUCGAAUGGGAGUGCCAUUGCUUGAAGAUGUUGUUCAGUCCAUGGAGCAAGCCAUUAAAGCAAAUGAAGAAAAGCAUCCUCCUGGAAGUUAUGAGAAGGCAAGGCUACGGUUUGCACAUGCAGAGACCGUGGUCCCAUUUACAUGCCUCCUCGGACUUUUUCUUGAAGGAUCUGAGUUCCAGAAAAUACAAAGGGAAGAACCUUUGGAGCUCCCUCCAAAACCUCCUCAGAGUAGAAAUUGGCGGGGUAGCACUGUGGCACCUUUUGCUGGUAACAACAUGCUGGUCCUGCACAGUUGCCCGGCAAACUCUGCAAGCAAGUACUUUGUCCAAGUACUCCACAAUGAACAACCCAUUCCAAUGACGGGUUGUAAUGGUUCCGAUUUUUGCCCUUUUGAAGAGUUUAAGGAAAAAAUAGUGGCUCCUCAUCUGAAGCAUGACUAUGAUAGUGUGUGCACUGCAAAGCUGGAAGAACCAGAGCAGAAACCUGCAAGCAGUGAGUUAUCACAACUGUUUCGUUGUCUAUUAUCUCUACAGAAUGAUGAUACACGGUCCACCAAGGAUGGAUUAUAGUUUGUUAUUGAAAAGAAAGAGAAUAUUUCGUGCAUGC